AUGUCCAAUACAUUUCGGCCCAUGCAAGAAUUCGAGGCCAAGCAAACGCUAUGCGAUAUCCUCACGAAUAAUCGCGACAACGAGCUUUUCAAAGAGCAUAUUCGCCGGUACGUGAGCUCUGUGAUGAUGACGUUUAUCUAUGGACAGCGAGUGCCGGUACCACUCUGGAAUCAGCUUGCGGCCAAGAUCGCGGAGAGCCGGGCUCCAGACUGUUUCGUGACAAAGUGGCAGCUCACGGACAAGGAGAGCUCCGGUAUUAUGGAUCUCGAAGGUGCUUUCACGGCUGGGACCAUGAUCGAAGCAGGAUCUGAGAGCACUAGUUCUGCGUCGUACUCGUGCAUCAAGUACCUGGCCAUGUCGCCCCAGGUGCAGAAACGCGCAAACGAGGAGCUGAGCCGGGUCGUCGUGGACCAGAGAUCGCCCUCGUUCGACGACCACGACGAGCUGCCGCACAUCCGGGCGAUCGCCAAAGAAAUCAUCCGCCUCCGGCCCAUCGCGCCCGUCUCACCCCCGCACCACACCACGGCCGAUGUACUAGGAAGUAACUAA